GAAACGAAACCGUGGUGUGUGUCUGAUGACCGCUGACCUGGCCGGGCUCUGUCUGAGUCCUGGGACCGGUCAUAGUCUGCAUGGGGCUGUGAGAGGUGAUCGCUCCAUACACGACUGGGCUUUGUAUUUGGGAUCGGCUGGUGAACUACAAAUCCAAGCACACACAGCCUCUGAUCAACAGAAACUGAUCAUGGCUUCCAGCACUGAACAGGAGACCCGUCUUUGUGGAAACUGUAAACGUGACAUCCCGUUGAUCAAUUUCACUAUUCAUGAGAUUCACUGUCGCCGUAAUAUCAGUCUAUGCAAGAAAUGCAAAGAGCCAGUUCCUAGCAACGACAUGGAGGAGCACAUGGGCACUGAGCAUGUCCCGGUGACUUGUAAAUGCAAAAUGACUAUGGAGAAGAAUUUGCUGGAGGAGCAUGAGCGCUCUUCUUGUCCCCUCCGCCUGCUCCUAUGCCAGUUUUGUGACCUAGAGCUGGCCUUUAAUAAGCUUGGAGAGCAUGAAGAGUAUUGUGGAGCUCGGACGGAGCGAUGUGAGAAAUGUGGAUCCAGUGUCAUGGCCAAAGAUUUAAAGGACCAUCCUGAUGUGUGCGGCAAAGUAACAGAGCCAAAAAAGCCAGCCCGAGCACAGAGCCAUAGAGAUCCUGUCUAUGAAGGCGCAUGGUUUGACCGUUUUCAAUCUAGGAACACAUUCACAGAUGAUAUGUUUUCUCGAAUGCCUAAACAUGUGCCCGCAAGAUUUUAUGGGAGUUCUGUUUUAACGCGAUCUUUUAAGACCUCCAAUGAGGAAGCAGAACGGAACAGGAUGAGAGAACAGAACAGAGAGAGUCCGUUGGCAGAUGGAUUUGAUGACAUCACAGCUGACCAGUGGGAAGAGAAUGAAGAAGUGCUUAGAGCGUUGCAAGAAGAUACAUUUGGUAUCCCUAGCUUUUCUGAUCUCUUCCAGCCUGUGACCCUUGGGAACAAUACUGACAUCAGUUCUCAACCUGAAAGUUCCUUCCCUAGAAGGGAUCCUGACUUCUGGAGUAAUAUGUACUCUACAGACAACGUGAAGAGGACCUCUCACGAGAACAAAAAUCUCAACAAUGACGAUUCAGCCCAACAAAAUGUACCCACUGCUUCUUCCUCUGAGAGCACCCAGUUGCCAUGUGAGUUCUGUGAAGAGCUGUUCCCUCAGGAGGAUCUUAUUUUACAUCAGUCUGGAUGUAGACUUCCUGCCACGUCCUCCAAUAGAAGAUUUUCCCCCAUUCCUAGAGAAAAUGUCAGACCAUCCUCCCCACCUGUUCAAAGUUCACAAACGGUCCUCCUGCCCUGUGAAUUCUGUGGCGUACUGCUGGAGGCAGAAAUCCUGUUCCAUCACCAGGAUCAGUGUGAGAAGUGUCCAGACUCUGGAAAAAGCUCUGCUUUUACACCAGCGCUACUUCCCGAUGAUGUAACACGCGAAGAGAAGCCUUACAGAACUUAUGAAACUUCAACUUUUCAGUCCCGCCUUGGUCCCACAACAGUUGAUGCCGGUCUGGGCACUAACCGAUACCCAAGGGAGAAUGCAGCUAGACCUCCACUUCCUGGGAGAACAUCACUUCUAACAGCAAAACGGUACCAGCCACCAAGAAUGAACAACACCCUGCGCAACCCCGUCCUUGAGGACACGAGAAGAAAAAACCAAGAAGAAAAUAUGAGGCUCCUUAGAAACCAGCGCCAUGACAACCUACCUAGUGGAGCAUCCAAUAGGAAUCCAGGCUCCAGAAACAAGGUGACAAAUCAGAAGAUAAAUCCUGAAGAUGUUGAUAAGGAAGAAUAAUAUGUUCAUAAUGCAAAUGUUCAGAGCACUAUAGAGCUAUAUAUACAGUAUAUAAUAAUUUUUUGAUCUCCAGAAUCAAUUUUUAUACUACAUUUUCUAUAAAAUAAUUGUAUGUAAUGCCAGCCUGUAAAAUCUCUUCAGCUGCAUCAUUAACAAUGUUUUUGUAUUCUAUUUUUAAUAUUCUAUUUUGAAAAAUAGGACUUUGUUUCGGUAACCCAUGGUGAAUGAACGUAACAUUCCACUGGAGUCCUACUGCUCACCAGGGAAUUUUUUUUCUAUGGAGGAAUUGCCUCUUUUUUUUUUUUUUUUUUUUUUUAUUAAGCGUUUUCCUUGUGUAAAACUUUGCAUUGCCAGAGAGAAGUGUAUGUGGCUUUUUUUUUUUUUAUGGAAAAAGGUGUGACAUUUUUGGUGUUUAAAAAGCCAACUAUGUAGGCACUACAUGAGGUCUCAGUAAUUCAUGAACAAAAAGGAACUGUCAUCAGGGAGUAGAAAAGAACUUUGCCAAGCGCUCUUUGCCACGGAUCGUGUUGUAAGGCUUGUAAUCAUUUUGGAAAAUGUACUGUUUUUUUUAUUUUUUUUUAAUACAGAAAGGCUUGUUCAAGAAGGGUUCUGACUGGUCAAUGCAUUUUUGUUCCUUUUUUUUUUUUUUUUUUUUUCUUCACUUUUUUUUUUUUUUUUUUGCUUUAACUGAACAAAGCUGUUGCUGGCAUUCCCAUCAACUAACAGCCAUGCAUAAGAAGAUAAAAUAUGAAUAUGUACUAUUUUCUUUCCCCUUUUAGCCACAACUUUCAGUGGGGGACACAUUAUAAUUUCCAAUGGCUCCCUCCCAGUGAAGUUAGAGCAGGGUGGGUGCAGACAACAAUUUUUUUUUUUUUUUGCUUGUCUGCUUACCUUGCUCUAAACCCACAUUCAGUGAAAUAUGGAAGUUGCCUUUGAACCGGACAGCUGAAAAUGCUAUUUGAGUGACUGCCAUGCAGAGCCCCCAAACCAAAGGCUUUCUAAAUUUCUAACCUGUAUGCAGGUUAAGACUUCGAUUUUGCUUUUAACUUCUGUUCCUGCAUCCUUGAUCUGGGUCAGCGAUUUGAAAAGUAUUGACGCCAAAGAUAGCCAGGAAACUGGUAUUUUUAGUAAGAGGAAGCAACGGCAGCUGACAUAUUUAUCUCAGUACAGGUUUCUUUUAAUAUAGACAUUCUAUCCACAUUGAUAUUAAACAUUAUGGGGGAUAUUUGCUAAAACUGGUGCAGCUGUGCAUAGUGACCAAUCCUCUUCUAACUUCAGCUUAUCCAAUUAAGCUUUGACAAUGAAAACCUGGAAGCUGAGUACUUUGUACAGCAUUUUCUUUACUGAAAUGAGCUAAUUUAAUAGGCUGCACAGGGUGUAGCAAAUCACAGCAGCCAGUAAGAAUUUCUGAAGCAAGCUCAAUGCAAGGUGGAUUCUGAUUGGCUGCUGUACUGAUUUUGUGCAUCUUACAGCAUAAUUUUUUUCUUCAUGAGGACGUAAGCGGUUUUCUAUAACUGCAGCGGGGUCAUGUGUGCAAAAGGCGCUGAGCAGAAUUCUUUUAAGCUUGUGAUCCAUUCUUUAUGAACACUUUUCAAUUGGCUGUGAGGCUUUACAUGGUAUUACACCAGCCUCGUAUGCUCCAUACUAAUAUGUUGUUUUAGCGCCACAUCAUGUGCUCUCUUAGAUUCUAUGUUAGGGUUUUUUAAGUUGCCUCCUCAAACACAAGUCAUAUACCAGAAUAUUAUAAUAUUGUAGUGAUGUGUGACAGCACGUAUACCAUGACAGGUUAUUCUUUUUAAACAAAUCAGCUGCUGAUUGCUGGGAACUGUUUUUAGGGGAAAAAGGGAUGAUGGUGAUAAUUUUGUCACAUCGAAUGGCAAUUUUAAGCAAAGAAAAAUUGAAUCUCCUAUAGCGGCCAGUGAGUUGUUUUAUCUGCUUUCACUGAAAACAAAGCGGUCAUUUCCCAGGUAAUUCCCUCUGAUUUAGGGUUUGGCUAAUCCUAGUCAGGCUACAUUACAGUUGGGAAGUGCUUGCAAAAGUAUGUGGGCUACUCCACAUAGGAACUGCAAUCCCAUUGGAUGCAUAGAACUAGAGUACUCUUCAGCUAGUAGUAUUCUGUGGCUUCUGUAUAGUUUAGCCCAUACGUUUUACUUCCAUUACUGAUAAAAGGUCACUUGCAGAUUAUUCAAAUCUACCUUUAGGCAGGGCUAAAAUUUCUGGAGACCUCUAUGCCUAUUGCUUUCAUAGUGCCAUCUCUCUAAUAGUGUGAUCAUGCCUACAUGUCUUCCCUAAUGAAAGUUGAGGGCUUUCUCUCCAUAUGUCUGUACCAUCUGUGCUAGAAAAAUACAAUCUUUCAUAGCUGUGGCUUGCUAAGUGCUGGUUUACAUGCUGUGAUACCUGUCAUGGCGUCACCUGAACUGUCAUGAUUUUUCUAUAGUGAGUAAGUUUAGAGGUCCUAUAUUAUUUUAGUAGUGUGCAUUUUUGUUGUACUUUACACUGGCUGUGUUUUGAUUUUUUUUGUUGUUGUUUGUUUAGCUAUUAAUGUAGAACUACGGGCAUUUUUCUUAUUUUUGGGAGGGGCUGGGGGGUUACCUCGGCUAGGGUGUAUCGUGCCUGGGUUGCUGCUCUGUCCUUUAUUAUAACCAUUACCAUAUCACCAUUCACAUAAUGACAUGUAUUUUGUGCCAAGGCUAGAUGGGAGCAAAAAGACAACACUAGCGAUGGUAAAGGACGGAGCAGCAAAACGGCCAAUGGAAUAUAUCCUAGCAGAGUCGACUACACUUCCGAAAAAAACGCUUUUACCUGGAGUUCUGCUUUAAGCCUUCUUCAGAAACCUAUUUUUUUCUGUAAUGUGUGGUGUAUUUGUGUUUUCAAGUUUGUCUAAAACAAAUAAAAUACUUUAUACCUAA